AUGAUGCAAAAAUUCAUGACUGGCCUGGCUUUGGCUAUAGCCAUGCCCUUCUCCUUAGCCCUAGAGGCAUCCCGGGGGUAUCGUCUAUUCAGCCUCACUGUCACCUGGGGGAAACAUUCCCCAGAUGGCUUCAUGCGAGACAUGAUUCUGAUCAACGGCCAGUUCCCUGGUCCAGUGCUGGAGGCCAACGAAGGCGAUGAGGUGUGGGUGGAAGUUUUCAACCUCACGCCUUUCAAUACAACAAUGCACUAUCAUGUUCUUGCUAACCCGACUCUUAUAGGUAUCGAGAUGAGCCAGACCCCUUGGUCAGAUGGUGUACCCGGUGUAUCACAGCGGCAGAUACUUCCAGGA